AUGGGUACAGCAUUGGAAGACGAGAAAUGUGAUAUGGGGGAAAAAUAUAAAGAUUCAAUUCAUACCUUGGGAACAUAUGUAUUUUCUAGAAGUACGAAAUUCUGGAUAUACCCUGAUUUUAUAUUCAAUCUCUCGCUGCUUGGAAUGAGUCAGAAAAAAGUUCUGGAAGUCAUAAGCCAGUUUCGAAAUAAGGUGAUAGCAAAGCGCAAGUUGGACACAAAUGUAAGACAUAUAGAAGAUACUUGUGACGAUGAUGAAUAUUUUAUUAGUAAAAAACAGAGGCUGGCCAUGUUGGAUCUAUUAUUACAAGCUGAGAAAGAAGGACUCAUAGACUCUGAUGGCAUUACUGAAGAAGUGGAUACAUUUAUGUUUGAAGGUCAUGACACUGUAGCAACGGGUCUUCAGUAUAUCUUCAUGUUAUUGGCUAAUCAUGAGGAUAUUCAGGACAAAGUUUUCUUGGAGUGUGAAGAAAUACUCUCGAGAAAUAAUGGACGACCUUCAAUCAAUGAUAUGGCACAAAUGAAAUUUUUGGAGGCUUGCAUUAAAGAAGCCUUAAGACUCUACCCACCAGUAUAUUUUAUUAGUCGUAUAGGCGAUGAACCAAUCGAACUAAGUAAUGGUCACAAAUGUCCAGCUGGAACAGACUAUAAUAUUUUAAUUUAUGAACUGCAUAGACAAGCGGAUCAGUUCGAAGAACCUUACAAAUUUUUACCAGAACGAUUUCUAAAGGAACCCACUUGGCAUCCAUUUGCGUAUUUACCAUUUAGCGCUGGUCCACGAAAUUGCAUCGGUACCAAAUGGCAGCACCGAAGAAAAGUUUUAACUUCAGCAUUUCACUUUGACGUUCUGAAAAAAUAUUUCGACUCUAUAGAUGGAAAUAGUAAAAGACUUGUUAAUGUCCUACAACAAACUGACGGCCAAUCUGUAGAUGUUGUGCCAAUAUUGUCAGAAUAUACACUCAAUACUAUUUGUGAGUCGGCAAUGGGCACUGUUUUGAGUGACGAAUCCACUGGCGAAGGAAAAAUGUAUAAAAAUUCUAUCUAUCAGAUGGGACAUAUACUAGUGAAAAGAUUUACGAACCUAUCACUUCAUCCUGAUUUUAUUUAUAAUUUAUCUCGUCUGGGAAAGAAGCAAAAAGAACAUUUGUCAGUUAUUCAUAAUUUUACUAAAAAUGUUAUCAAGAACAGGAGGAAUCUACUUGAAAUAGAUAAUGUACCCGAAACUAAAGUUGCCCAAGCAGAUGGUACUAAUAUUUUUAAAAAGAAGAAAGCUGCCAUGUUGGAUUUAUUACUUCUAGCUGAAAAAGAGAAUUUGAUAGACGGUGAUGGAAUACAAGAAGAAGUUGACACGUUUAUGUUUGAAGGUCAUGACACUACUCAAGCUGCGUUGACUUAUUGUUUGAUGUCUUUGGCCAACGAGGAAUUGGUGCAGCAAAAGGCGUAUGCUGAACAAGAGUGUAUAUUUGCUAACGACGACCGUCCCGCAACCCUAACCGACUUGUCAGAAAUGACUUAUUUGGAGUGUUGUAUCAAAGAAUCAUUACGACUCUAUCCACCUGUGCCCUUCAUCAGCAGGAAAAUUACUGAACCGACAACACUAAGUCAGAAAUUUGCAAUGAUGGAAUUGAAAUCAGCUGUCUCCGCCAUAUUAAGAAAUUUCAAAUUGGUUCCCGUCACUACACCAGAUGAUCUUUUGGAACUAUUUGCUUUGGGUCGACAGUGGACUGCAACAUUCAAGGGUAUAUUUAGGUUCUAUGCAUUCCCUGUGGCUUCAGUUAAUAUAUACAAUCCAGAAGACGUAGAGAUAAUUACUUCUAAUAUGAAAUAUCAUGAGAAAAGCAUCAUUUACAAGUUCUUGAAACCGUGGCUUAAGGAGGGGUUACUGAUCAGCAAUGGUACCAAAUGGCAGCACCGGAGAAAAGUUUUAACUUCAGCAUUUCAUUUUGACGUGCUGAAAAAAUAUUUCGAUUCUAUAGAUGGAAAUAGUCAAAGACUUGUAGGAGUCCUACGACAAUCUGACGGUCAAUCUGUAGAUGUUGUGCCAAUAUUGUCAGAAUAUACACUCAAUACUAUUUGUGAGUCAGCAAUGGGCACUGCUUUGAGUGACGAAACCACUGGUGAAGGAAAAAUGUAUAAAAAUUCUAUUUAUCAGAUGGGACAUAUACUAUUUCAAAGAUUCACUAACAUUUACCUUCAUCCUGAUUUUAUUUAUAAGCUAUGUCUUCUGGGAAGAAAGCAAAAAGAACAUUUGUCAGUUAUUCAUAAUUUUACUAACAAUGUUAUCAAGAAUAGAAGAAAACUACUUGAGAUUGAUAAUAUAUCCGAUACGAAAGUUGCCCAAGCAGAUGGUACUAAUAUUUUUAAAAAGAAGAAAGCUGCCAUGUUGGAUUUAUUACUUCUAGCUGAAAAAGAGAAUUUGAUAGAUGGUGAUGGAAUACAAGAAGAAGUUGACACUUUUAUGUUUGAAGGUCAUGACACUACUCAAGCUGCGUUGACUUAUUGUUUGCUGUCUUUGGCCAACGAGGAAUUGGUGCAGCAAAAGGCGUAUGCUGAACAAGAGAGUAUAUUUGCUAACGACGACCGUCCCGCAACCCUUAACGACCUAUCAGAAAUGACGUAUUUGGAAUGUUGUAUCAAAGAAUCAUUACGACUCUAUCCACCUGUGCCGUUCAUCAGCAGGAAAAUUACUGAACCGACAACACUGAGCAACUACACCAUACCAGCUGGAACUUCGUGCCACAUCCAUAUAUAUGAUUUGCAUCGUCAAGAAAGUAUCUAUAAGAAUGCACUAAAAUUCGAUCCCGACCGAUUCUUAAAAGAAAAUUCAGUCGGCAGACAUACUUAUGCAUACAUACCAUUUAGUGCAGGCCCCAGAAAUUGUAUCGGUCAGAAAUUCGCAAUGAUGGAAAUGAAAUCAGCUCUCUCCGCUGUAUUAAGAAACUUCAAAUUGGUUCCCGUCACUACACCAGAUGAUCUUUGCUUUAUGUCCGACUUAGUACUCAGAAAUCAUGCACCAGUGUAUGUUAAAUUUAUAAAGAGGAACAAAUAA